UUUUAUUUGUUAUAUUUUAUUGGAAGCCGUCAAUUGGUGAAAAUUUGUCGAAAUUUUUUAUAUAUAAUAAUAUUUGUUUAUUUGUUAAAAUUCCUUGAAAAUCGAAGAGAAAAAAUACGAAAAAAUAAAUUAGUCUUACAAGUUGAUGGGAUUUCGUUAUCAGGAUCUGAAAGAAAGGGGGGAUAGCAUCGAACUAGAGCGCAGGGAAAGCUUCACAACCGAACGCAGUCACAACGGUUAUAUAAAACGGAAAAAGACUAUAGUACGUGAACGAUUUCCCCAUCCGCAUGCAAAGGAGGGAAGUAAACACAAACAACACUCGAAACGUAGUGCCGUGCAAGUAACAAAUAGGCCGGCAGCCGAGUCGGCCCACACCACCACUGAAACAUACGUACCCUCAGCGGGUAGCGGUGCAUUGGUAACAACUUGUCGUGACAAAUCACAUCUGGAACGUGCAGUUAAUCGUACCUCGGUGCAAUUGAAACGUCUAGCACACGAAAUCGAUAAUGAAAUUGCCAAGUUGAAAAGGGAAAGGGACAAACUGAUGUUUAGACCACGUCCGCAUCCACUGACGCGUAACGCUGCAAUACAAAACGAUCUGAACGUAAAUGACGAACCUAUAAACAAAUUGAAAGAUUUCAAUCAUAUUGUAGAUAAUAUUGAAUUUACAAUUGAAAAAUUUUCAAGUCGUCAUAAAUUCGUAUGCGCUUCACCGCGUUACGCGCGCGACGAACAAACUUCGUGUCGGCCGCGUAUGCGCACAAUCGGCUUGCAAAAGAAUACACAGCGUAGCACAGUCGAAGACGGAAAUAUAGAAAGUCUCAAAGCGAAACUUGGCACUGCACUACACUACUCGGCCACCAAUCUGGCCAAUUUAAAAUCGAAAGGGUUGCUCGACAGCGUGCCGCCUAACUGUUAUGCUUUCGACUACGGUGGCACAGGUGAUGGCCAAAAUGCUUUGAAUGUCUACCACUUACAGAAGGGCCGUUGCGCUGGCGGUUGUAAUCAAAACGAUUGUAAUUGUCAGAAAAUUUGUGAGCACUACAAUAGUGUUGGUAAUUACAAUGGUAUGUUGUGCAAUAAGAAUACGUAUGUCGAGAAGGGUUUAACGCCAUGUAAUGAGUAUAAAUACUGCCGAGACGAGUAUCACUACAACUAUCCGCAGCAGAGUAAUUGUGUUGUGCCCACCACAAAUCAGCCGUGUAUGCCUUAUUCGGCAUGUGUGCCAACAUGUCCACCAUGUCAGCCGUGUAUACCCUGGUCGCCACCCUGUCCAACAUAUGCCGAGUGCCAGCCAGACAAACCCAAAAUAAAAGUUCUUUACGGUCGGCGUGCGACCGAUCUAAAUACAGAAGAUUUUUUCCAACCUACUGGCUCAUCACCCAAAAAGCAUUCAGCUUCCAAACAUGGCAGUACAAGACACUCAAGGAACAAGGAGCGUUUGACGGUAGAUGUGCCGAAAGAUGGACGCACAUCUGUAGAGAUUGAGCGGAGUGGUGACCGUGCACAUAGUAAAACGCGAAGGAAGAAGGAGAACGAAGACAAAUUGAGGCAACGAAACUCUACGCGUCCGCGUGGCGUUGCCGCCGAUAAAGCAAAUGAAAAGAGGCAGUCACGUGAGCGGAAGGCAGGUGAUGCAAGUGCGUCAUCAGGUAGCGAUAACUCGACAGAAAAAAGACGCCAAAUGAAGAGCAAAGAGAAGCUGCUUGAAAUAACGUUUACAAAAGAACGACGCCAUAGGCCCUCGUCAGAAUCGGGAGAUGAAGGUGUGCCGUAUGUGACGCAAAAACCUGAGCGUGAAUAUUCACGCGAGACCAAGCGUUCUAUGAAGCAAAUGACAAUUACUGCAUAUAAGCCUUGUAGGCCGGAAGAUAGUGAAGGUAAGCCUGAUGUCGACCGGAAAAAGCAGAAGAGACGAAAAAGCAUAGAUCGUGUUGGAAAUGAUCAAUCGGAUGAUGAUAAAACGUGGGAUGAACGUUUAAGACAAACAGAAUAUCCGCGAGAACAGGUUGAUUGGCAGACGGGUGUUCCCACUAUUACCGAAGUUUAUGAUGAAUAUCGUGUAGGUGAUGCCUGGGAGGAUGAAGAAGAUGCCGGAACUAAGCAAAUGACACGUAGACAAUACUUGGGUUCAUAUAGAGAGCUUUACCAUGUGCCACCACAAAGCAAUUAUGACAUUAUGCCCGUACAAAGAAAUACAGUACGCGAUAUACCACCAACAUCGACCAGAAGUCCGGAACGUGGUCAACGUACAAGAAGCCCGGUGGGGCAGGGUGAUAGAACUCGUGGUUUUUCUCAAAGGGAACGAGCUGAAAACGACAUUGGCUUCAAUGCACAGCCCAGAACUGGUCGAUGGCAGAAUGAUAAGCCCUCUAGACCAUAUGAAAGACCAGAUAGUAAUAUUGUUCCAGAAGGACAAGCCAGAACACGACGAGAUAUUCCGCAUAGUAAGCAACCAGAUGCAUUUAGAGCGCAUGCACUUGAAGAAAGGCCAAGAUUGGAUGACAGAUAUGGGCCUGCGGGAAAACCACCUUCAGACCGGCGAUCUGCCCGCGAUUAUAGUCGAAAUGUACAACCAAGGCAAUAUGGACACACUGAAUUCGCCACUCGACCUCAUGAAAGUUAUGAUCAUACACAAACUGGGGUAUACAGUCCUAAUCAAAAACCUAGAUCAGGAGAAAAAUAUGACUCGCAUGGCUCACCGUAUAAAGUAGCUGUGCCUAGUACAGCUUCCAGACAAGGAACAACUUUAUCUCCGGAUAGGACACCACCGUAUACAUAUGAUUAUGCGCCAAAUGUUGAUAACAAAAGAGAAGAAAUAUAUGAGCCUUUGGGUCCAUCUUAUAAAGCAGCCGACCCCGGUAGUGCGACCACAACUGGUAAGACUCAUUCACCGGACAGAACUUCUCAGUCUGCACUUGAAUAUGCGCAAGAUGUAAAACCUAGAUUAGAAGAGCUAUAUGACGUCUAUAGUCCAACACAUGCAAACGGUAAACCCACUGAGCCUUCUACACCUAGAAGAACCUAUUCACCUGAUGAAACUGCGCGAACUGCACGUGACUCGGAGUCAGACUUGAAACCUACAUCGGUGGAAAAAUAUGGUAUUUACAGUCCAUCACGUGCAGCCAAUAAGCCCAGUGCCCCGUCUACACCGAAGAGAACUUAUUCACCAGAUAGGAUAGCGCGUACUGAACGUGAUUACGAUUCAGAAGUAAAGCCUGCAACAGGAGAAAAGUAUGGUGCUUAUAGUCUAUCACACGGAGCCGUUAAUCCCAGUGCCGCGUCUACACCGAGUAGAACUCAUUCACCUCAUUCACCAACUACACGUACUCCACGUUACUACGCGCCAGAAGUAGUGCCUGGAUCAGUUGAAAAAUAUGACAAUAAUAGUACAUCACGCGAAGUCGUUGAAAGCAGCGCAGUAUCUGUACCAGAUAGAACUUUUUCUCCCCAUGAAACACCAGGCGCUGCACGUGGUUAUACUUCUGAGGACAAGCAUAAAUCAGGAGAAAGGUAUACUCCUUCAGAUGCUAAACCUAGUUCAAAGUCUAAACCAGAGGAAACACCCGAUGAACCAAGUGGUGUCUCAACAGAUGGUAGACCGUUACCGCCUAAAGACGCACACCGUUUUAAGCGUGAAUAUACUGGCAAUAAAACAUAUGACAUACAGACAACUGAUGAACCAAAAGCUUUGCACGAAACGGAUAGAAAUGCUCCUUCCCACAUACCAACAUCUUUAGCGCGCGAGGAUGAAAAAAGACAGAUACAAACACCUGAUCGAGAAAGAGUUCCCAAAUAUGAGGUUGAGAAUAGUGGCGAAAACGUUCGAAAGGAUUACCAACAAGCAAGCGAAAGAGAGAUCGCAGUUAUUCCAUAUGAGAGAACAGGUGUUUCGGCUGCAGACACUAGUAAAAAGAUGGAUGUAGAGAAAAUAGAACGCAAAUAUGCAGAUGACACAAGUUAUAGAGGGGAAGAGAGACAAGACAGGACUCCUGACUACGCACCAGCAACGUAUGGGAGGCAAUCAUCACCAAUUCUCAAAACAAUUGCCAUCGAUACCAGUAGAACUGCUACCAGCUUGCCAACUGAUUAUUCACGUGGUGGUGAAAGCCCAGACUCGCAAAACGCACGUACUGGAAGUAAACAAAAAUUUAAAAGCGCACCAGAAGUACCCGAAAUUCAAAUUGAAGAUACUGACGAAAGUGGUAGAAGUGCUCCGAGUGAAAGGCGGGAAAUUCCUAUGGUUGGUUUGCCAGAACGAGCCAAAUUCGCGAUUAAAGGAGAAAUGGUUCUGGAACCAGAACAAUUGGGAUCACCGAAGUACAAAAUUAGUUCACAAUACGAAAGUAAUAUUGAGGACAUUGGUAAAAUACGAGAAACAGACAAGAAAAAUGAAGCAGGUGCUAGAACUAGAAAGACUGAGGGGGAUAGAACUCAUGUUGACACCGCGAAAGCUGAUAACUAUGGUGGAACUCACCUUGCCAGCUCAGGUGGCAGAGCCACUUCUCCACUUAGCCCCUUUCCUAGCCUUGAAACCCCCAAGAUUUAUAUGCGACCACGACAACCAUGCACGGAUUAUGGAACUGCCUGUUUGCCUCCAAUUGAAAAUGAUUGUCCUAAAAAGAACAGCUCAAGACAAAACUGUGUUAAGAAUGCUGGUGACCUUUAUAUGUGCCAAUCACAGUGCGACUCUACACCACAGACGGUGUGUAAGGGUUUGUGUCAAAGACCAAGUGGCAGUAAAGUACCAUAUGAGAAACUUGGCGAUCAAUACACGCAUUCACCGGUGCGACAAUUAGCUGCCAACUCCCGUUUAGCUGUAGCUUUGCAACCCGAAGCUGCUACAGGUAAUUUCAUACCAUCACCACAACAAAGUUUAUGCAAGAGCUGCACAUGCUUUCGCACGACCGGAACACAAUAUUCGGCGACGAUUCUUGAGCAAAGAGAGGAUAAUUGUGCCACACAAUGUGUACCACUACCAAAAGUUUGUAGUGAAACACCAAUAGACGAAGCGGAAAGAUCUCCACCACCGUCUGCGCGUCUAUGUGAUUCGCCAAAUUUUCAACCGGCUUCUUCAACACCUCAAUUCGCUAAAGGAAAUUACGAGUUUCUAUGUGAGGAAGAUAAUGAAGAGUACGAGGGAAAAGUGAAUUUAAAUCAAGACCAGUGGUGUGGUCGGGUUGAAAUCACAAAUAUGGAGAAAACACAGAUUUUUAUAGCUCAAAAACAAGGGGAACAAAUGCAAAAAUCAUCUUUCAAAGGAAAAGAUGAUAAAAGCAUUUUCCUACCCUGGCAACAGGAACAAAAAUUUAUACCUGGUCAGCCGUUAGGCAGUUGCAAUAUGUCCUCUUGGCAAGAUUUACCAAAUGGUGCUUUACUAACAAAACAAAGGCGAUUUCAAAACUCAAUCGAACGUCGAACGCCACGUUUUAAUGCAACUAUGCCGCCACAUCAGGAAAUGCCCGAAGAGGAAGAGAGAUGUGAAGAAGAAAUACUACAUUACAAGCCACAGCCUCGUGUAAAAUUUAUGGAGCAGCAAGCGCAACAAUACCGAGAUUGCGCACCUUCACCUUAUACACUGAAUGAAGAAUCGAAUUUCGAGGAUUCAAGGGGCCGUUCUAGCUUCAUUUGCAGCGAAGAUUACCAACAAAUACCAGAAUUCACUGGUUGUCCAUGCAUGUUUAAAACUUAUUUAAAUAUGGUAACACUGUACUAUCCAGAGUGUCGGAUACAAAUAACUGAAGACUGCAACGAAUUUGGUGUUAAUGAUGAAUUCAAUGAAUGAUCUUCGAAUAAAUCGAAAUUUUAAAUAU